AUGUAUUCUUUACAGCGAGCCGAGUCGACGGACAGUCUAUCGGCGUGGUCGCCAUUUAAAUGCGUAAGAGACGAACACGCGCAACGUUAUUUUUUUUCAGAUGCCGCAAAACAGCGGAAGUUGUCGCCGCCAACGUGCUUGGACCGGACCGUAUUGGACCAAGUAUUCCGGUGGUUAAGCAAAUUCCAGUUGACCGAUUGCAAGGAGGAGCCGCGGACGACGACGAACGGGUAUCGAGCUGAGAAUGCUUGUCUGAAGCGAGCGAUCAAAGUAAUUGAAAUUAAAAAGGAUUACAAAGUUACGAUGGAAAGAGAGAAUAAAAAGUUAAACAGAGAGUUUACCGCGUUGAGGAACGAGAGUGUGCGGAUAUUGUUCUGCAGCGGUGAUCGGCAAACGAACGACAAGUGGCGACUGAUCGCGGAUUCCGUUCAGGCCUACUUGACACGAGUCCGGCAGUUUUUUGAUUGUCAAUUAUUGUACAUCAACUCGAUGGCAUCUACGUGGCCAUUACGUAACAGAACUUUGGCGUUGGAAAAAUUGAAAAAAUUGUAUACUUGCAACGUGUCCCGAAUGGACGAGUGGAUAGAGACUGUCGUCAAUGCUUAA